UCCUUUUCGUAUGCUCUGCCGCAAGUAUGGUGCUGAAGCUGCUUAUACGCCUAUGCUCCACUCCCGAAUUUGCACUGAAAACGAAAAAUACCGAUCUGUGGAAUUCACUACUUGCAAGGAAGACAGACCACUGUUUGUUCAAUUCUGUGCAAAUGACCCUGACACUUUGCUGGAAGCAGCUCGAAGAGUUGAACCCUAUUGUGAUUAUGUAGACAUUAACUUUGGGUGCCCCCAACGUAUUGCAAAGAGAGGAAACUAUGGAGCAUUUCUUAUGGAUAAUCUUUCCCUUAUAAGGUCCCUGGUAGAGAAAUUGUCAAACAAUCUUACUGUUCCCGUUUCAUGGAAAAUCCG